AAAAUAAAGAUGGCGUCCUUUAUUUUCACAGUGCUCUAUUUCAUCUUUAUAACUUUGUGUAUGACGGUUUUUACCCUCGUAUUUUGCUUCGUGGUUUAUUUGCAACAUAAACACAAAAUUCUUGACCACAUUCCAGGCCCUAAACGGGACGGAUUUUUCCGAGGAAAUAUCCAGACAAUAGAACGCUUGAAGAAACUACACGGAUUCACUAACGGCUUCGAAGUUUUCAAGUUUCUUUCUCAAGAGUACGGCCCUGUUAUAAUCAUCUGGAUUUUUCAUAUCCCGUUUGUAUACGUUUCAGGUGCAGAACUAGUCAAAAAAGUGCUGAUAGCAUCCAAUCUCCCCAAAGAUGCUUGGUCUUACGAUCAGCUCGGCUACUUGUUCAAAGAGAGAUUUAUGGGAAAAGGUCUCGUUUCGGAGACUGAUCGCGAAAAAUGGAAAUCUAAACGGCUGGCAAUCAAUCCUGCAUUUCAUAGGAAGUAUUUAAAGGAACUUAUGGAACAGUUUAACGCGAGUUGCGAUGUUUUUUUGGCAAGAUUGACUGAAUUAGCUGAUGGCAAAACUGAGGUGAAAAUGGCAGAUGAGUUUAACAGAAUAACUUUGGAUAUAAUCGGGAAGGUAAGGAGUUUAAUCCUCGGUUAAGAUGUAAUUAAAUUUUCGUGUUUUAAUUGAAAUUCUGGAAAAACAAAUGUACUCGCCAUUUUACCCAAUAACAAUUGGUGGGGCAUACUUUGUUUUUUUUGUUCUCUCUCUCUCUCUGCCAGUGUUGAUGCAUUGUUUCUUCAGUCUAUGAUCAACCCAAUUAUCCACUACUUUUCUUCUGGUUUCAUUAGCAUCUUUUUGGAAUUGCACAAACACCAGACACCUUUCCUAUGCAUAUAUAGAAAUUAUGCAUUCUUUCCUUUCCAGGUAGCAUUUGGAAUCGAUCUAAAUGCAGUCAAUGAUCCUGAUUCCUUGUUCCCAGCGGCUAUCAAGGAGUGUUUAGUUGCCCCAGUUUGGUGUUUAUCCCAUCCUCUUCAUGCUAUUGACUUCACCACCUAUGGCUACCAAAACACUGUGGUGGCAGCAGUUCAUUUCUUACGAGAUACUGGCAAGAAAAUCAUGGAUGAGAGAAGAAAAGCAAUAUUAAAUGGAGAUGAUGUUCCAUCAGAUAUUCUUACUUAUAUCCUUAAGUCAGCUCCUGAAGAUACUCAGUUGGACUAUGAAGAAGUGUUGGAUCAUUUUAUCACAUUUUUCAUUGCAGGUAGGAUAUAGGAAAGUACUUCUUAAUGUUAUCAUCCAAUUUGCAAUUCAAAUUGUCCUCCAAAUUUUAAAUGAUAGACCACCCAAAUGUUUUUUGCUCACAUUCACAAUUAAACAGGAACUGUUUUUGGCAAGAUUAUUAAUGUUGUGAACUAAAUUUCAAAGCUCAUGUGUCAUGGAAAAGCAGAGUCAUGAUCAUAAUUUCCUCAGUCUGUUUGACUCUAUAGUAAUCCAUCUCAUUGAAUUGUGUCCAGUCUAAGGAGACCAAAAAAACCUGGAAAUAUUGGGUACACAAGUAGGUUCAGCAGCUGUAUAUAGAUAAAGGUUAACUAACAUGAAAUUUAAUUUUUUUAAUUCAUAUUUUCAUUCAUUUGCUUAAGGCCAGGAAACCACUUCAGCAGCUUUGUCCUUCAUGCUGGCUGAAGCGGCAAAAAAUCCUGAAGUCAAGAACAAGUGAGUGAGGUGUUAUGUAAAUCUCUUUUCAAUCGACUGUCUUAUGCAUCCAUUAUGCCAUUAAAUUUCAACAGUAUUCUAUAAAAUGUAUGAAUCUGUGAAAUAAUCGAAGAAAAUUUCUCUCAAAUUUGCUGCAGGUUAGUUCAAGAGGUUGAUGAUAUCCUUGGUUCUCGUCAAUAUGUUUCAUAUGACGACCUUGGCAAACUUAGCUACUCAGGUCUUGCCAUGAAAGAAACACUUCGGCUUCACCCUAGCGUCCCUGGUUUCACAAGAGUUAUGGAUAAGGAUGGUGAAUUAGGAGGCCAUAGAAUACCAGCAGGAACAUUGAUAAAUAUUGGGGUGUUUACUUUACACAACAGUCCCAAGUAUUGGAAUGAGCCUGAGAAGUUCAAUCCUGAACGCUUUUCAACCUUAAAUGAUGAAAAUGAAGCAGGACACUCACACUAUGCCUACAUUCCUUUUUCACUUGGCCCACGGCACUGCAUCGGUCAAACAUUUGCUGAAUUUGAGUUCAAAGUACUCAUGUCGCGGUUUGUGAAGUCAUUCAAGUUCAAACUGGUUCCUGGACAGGAUUUGAACUAUGAAGAACCCAAGACAACAUUAUCACCUAAGGACAAGAUUCGUUGCACUUUGACUUUGCGUUGAUUGUCAUAAACUGAACACUUUUAACAUGCACGUUUGAUUUAUGCAAUUGGAAAUGUAAUUAUGGUAGGGAUCUGGAGCAGUCAGGACUGAAAAAGCAGAGGAAAACAUCAAUUAAUCAUAAAAAAUAAGUUUAUAUUUAAGCUACAAUUUGGCAAGCACAAUUUCAGCACAGUGUGAUCGAGUAGCACUGACUUCCAAAUGAAAACUUAAAUAAUUUGCUGCCGGGUUUCCAUUCUCAGAACAUGCAAUUUUGUUGAUUUCAUGUUUCGCAGAGGAAGGCUAAGAAAUAUACACAGGUGGAAGACUCAAAUGAUGAGCUAUUAUUCUGCCUAUUAAAUCUUCUGUUUUCCCAUAUCAAUAUUACCAUCCCUGUUGUAGUUUGCUUAAGGUUUUUAAUACUAGGUUAGUGCAGUUCAUAGAAGGCCCCUGGUAGUCAUGGAAUUCUGUAAGACUCUCCAUACAAAUGAACUGAGGGAAGGUGAGUGCCAGUCAUGUAAAGUAAUGUUAGAGUAUUAAAAUUUUAAAAAGAGUACCAGUCACUUGUGUCAGUAAUAUUCACACUGUCUUACAGAUUUAUUUACAUACAAUCUCUUUUAAUACAAGUACAGUCCUCUUCUAUGAGCAAAAACUGUCUGAUAUCUGAG